ACCAACGGCCUUCUACCUGUGCAAAUACCCAUUUUGACCGUUGCGGAGCCUUCCUCGGAUUUUCCCCAUACCUGCGACCCAAUACUGCGUCUUUCCCCCGUUUAUUACGCCUGCUUUCGAAGCCAAUAUCUGUGGCCCUCAUGGCGCGCCAUCACAAUCACAGACACCCUGACAUGGUGUCUUCACAAAGGAAUAGGGACUUGGAAGAGUUCGUUGUGGAAAGCUGGAGAGAGUUCAACCGAAGACGACAAAGUACCGACGAUGAAGAAGAAGAUAGUCCCCGCGGAGCUACUACCAUCGUGCGCACUGUCAUCCACACCAUGUCUCCCACCUUCACAGGUGAAAUCGCCGGCUACAGGACACUAGGCGACGAUGAGGACACUUCGACCACGACUACGCAGACGCCGUCUACGCCCACCACUGUCCAGUCUCUGGCCCCUCCCGUCCAAGUAGAGCAGCCGACAACAACCGACACGACCUCCACCUCGACUUCGUCUCGGACGACUACCACGAUCCCCUCCGUCAUCAGUGAACCUACCAGAUCGAGUGUGGCUGGCACUCUUGCUGUCGACACCAACACUCCCGUGCUUCCCCCAACCCCCACGCGGACUGCUGACUCGGAAAGGAUCGUCAAUAUCCCCGCUUCAGCCAGCUCGGAGCCCUCUGCAGCCGGUGAAGGUUCUGGCACCAGUGCCGCUACCACGGCAGGCAUCGUCAUUGGCGUUCUCGCCGGUCUCCUUUUCAUUGGUCUCGCUGCCUUCCUCCUCUUCAGACGCCGCAAGAAGCAACUCAAGCACCAACAGAUGACGGAAGACGACGAGAAGGCCAACCCUCCAUUCGUCUCCGUGACCCCUGCCAGCCCACCAUCCCCGACCACGCGAUCCGAUCCCCGCGCGCCACGCCUCAGUCUUCGUCCCGUCACCCAGUUGUUCCCCAACUUCAACUUUGACAAGCGCGCGAGCAAAGGUGCCAACAUCGCCUUGAGCCCGGCCGCCGCCGCCGCCGGUGGUGUCGCUGCAGCCCCAGGCCUGACCCCUUGGGACAGGCCCAUGACAAGCGAAAGCACGGACCCAAAUAAUCCUUUCGGCCAGCAAGCGGAGCGCGUUCCCUCGCCCGUUGCCGAGGACCCGUUCAAUCCACCCGCGGAGAAGCCUCUUCCUCCUGGUCCUAGCCACCAAUUCGCACCCGCUGCUCCUCAGGGUUCGCCGGCGACAGACAGCCAUGCCAUUACCACGGAUAACGCGACGACCGCUACGUCUGCGGCCUCUGUAACGGCUGCCGGAGUAGCUGCCGCCGCCGUUGCUGCUGGCACGCUCACACGCAAGGCCUCGACUCGGAACGGUGGUCCCAAGGCAGUAGACCUGACUCUCCCACCACCUCUGUCCGAAGUUCCCCCGAGCCCUGCCGGUACUGAGUUCAGUAUCAACUCGGAAGGCCCCGGUCAAUCCAUCCCACACUCCACCUCGGCUGCUGCCAUCGCCGCGGCUGGAGGUCCAGCCAACUCCACAGUUCAUCGCGCGCAGCUCGACUUCAAGCCGACUCUGGAAGAUGAGAUGGAGCUUAGGGCUGGUCAGCUUGUGCGACUCCUCCACGAGUAUGACGACGGAUGGGCUCUUUGCAUCCGCCUCGACCGCUCUCAGCAGGGUGUUGUUCCCCGGACCUGCCUGUCAACUCGCCCUGUCAAGCCCAGACCACAGAACUCCGGACCUCGAGGACCUCCGGGCCCUCCUCGUGGACCUGGCCCUCAUCAUCACCCAGGUCAACGUCCCAUGCCAGGGCCCCACGGACCUCACGGGCCCUACAGCGGACCUCCCCGAAGUGGCCCCGGGUCUGGCCCACAAUCUCCCAUGAGACCUAUGCAGGGCCCCGGCCGGCCUGCAUCUCCUGCCGGACGUCGCCCUGCUUCGCCUUCCAGUGCUCGCGGCAUGAGCCCAGGCCCCCGCUAUCAGGGCCCUCCCGGUCCCCGACCACAGAGCCCGAGCGGCACGGGUCGGAGCCAGAGCCCCGCUGGAGUCGCAAGGAAUCCGCAACCGACUCGCAUGAGCCCCACCGGGUCACCGCCUCAGCAGUACCAACAACCAGUACCACGAGCAGGACCGCCGACUGGGCCUGUAGAACGCAAACCUCUCCCUGGCCAGGCUCUCUGACGGCAACCCUGUCCGAUUCCAAGCCUAUACCCUAGGGCCUAGCGAUGGAGUAAGCAGGCUCCGUGGCGUCGAAGAGGCGGCCGCCGCUCAUACCUC